AUGGAAGAACGUAGUGAAACAUCUCGGGAUGUGAUUAGAGUGUCUGACUGGGAUCGGAGCAUGCGCGGGCGCCGCGGCAGUCCAUAUGAGGACACGAUGGCGUUCGCAUUGCAAAAUUCAAUGACUGAGGAGCAGCGAGAUAUUAUCAGAUUUCUGACAGCAGAAGGUGAGAAACCGGCAGCUAUUCAUCGCCGGAUGGUGACAGUUUACGGGAAGAAAUGUGUCUCUGACAAGUCUAUCAGAAAAAGAAGUGCCCGUUUUCGUGCAGGCCGUGAGAUUGUGGGUGAUGACCCAAGACCAGGCCAGGCAAACACUGUCAUCACGUGCGAUCUCAUCGACAAGGUGGAUGACCUAGUGAGAAGUGAUUGGAGUGUGUGA